AUGUCCGUCGAGUCUGUGACAAGUGACAAGCAGCAGCCACCGCCACCGCUACCGCCGACGGUGACGAUCACCCCGACGAUAACAACAACAACGGCGACAACGGCGUCGACCGCGACGACGCCACCGAUAACGACGACGACGACGACGACGACGGCGGUAACGGCGGCUGCGACGGCGGCCACGAAGAAGGAAGAAGGAGAUGAAGCCAUUAUUUCAAUGUCGGUGGCUGGUGAGGUGACUGACGCUUCAAUCGUGGAAGUAGGCCGUUCUAGACCACAGUUUCAAUAUUCUCGGGAGGAUCUGAUGUUGAUAAAAAAUUUGCGAUUAUCUAGACGUAGGCCUACAUUCCUAGAUAUCGCUUAUAACAACUCAAGAGGUGUUUGGGAUCCUGAACGUUGGCAUUCAGAUAGAAAGCGUAGCGAUACACCCCCGAAAGAAGAAAGAACUGGACGUGGUGAUCAAAUCACUGAGAAUCAUAGCAAGCGACGUAAUAAUGGCGAUCCACGAGACCGAAUACGUAAAGAGCAAGACGGCAUUGUUUUAAGUCCCCAACGGAGAAGUUUUAAUUCGGGAUGUUUUGUUAACGUAAAUCAGCCUCCAAACCGGCGUCCGGAGAGUCCGAUUGGCAAACCGGAAGUCAGUCAUCGUGAACCUGUUCGUCGAAUCGGUAGCGGCAGGAUUUUGACACGGGAUAUAUGGGACUUUAGAGCGGAAAAUGAAAAAAUCGAUUCUGACCGUGCAGAUUAUGGUUUUAGAUCAAGCACGGCUGCUGGUGGCUCUCUGCGUGAUCGUGAUAACAGAGAUAAUCGUGACGGGAAAGAACGGGACAGAGAUCGUGAUAUGCGGGAAAGGGAACGCGAUCGCGACAAUCUGCGUGAGCGAGACGAGAGGUUUGAGCGGAGAUCAUUCGGCCGAGAUUAUGGAGAUCGUGGCGAGAGAGAGCGCGAUCGUGGCGACAGAGGAGUGGAACGAAAUGAACGAAAUAAUCACCAAAUGGAACGUGAUAAGGAUCGCGGACGCGAAAAGAGAUUCAGUAACGAUCGUCGACGAACUUACAGUGACAAUCGCGAUUCGGACGAACCAGAAUGGUUCAGCUCGGGACCUACGUCGCAGCAUGAUACAAUUGAGCUCAGAGGCUUUGAGGAUAUUCCGGAGGAAAAGGUAGUGAGCAGUGGUAAUACCAAAAGUAAGAAACAAACUGCCGCACAAAAGAAACGGGGCAAGAGAAAUGCCACAGAGAAAGAAGACAAAUCGAAUGAGAACUCGGCGGGCCCUAAAGGACGCAGCACACCAAAUGUCAUGGAUCAACCUAUAAAUGCUGUACCGGCGCCACAUUCUCCAAUUACUGAACAAACUGAGCAAUCUAUCAUUCAGAAUAAAGAGAAUGACGUCAGUGAGAGUACCGAGCCGACUUCCGAAUCGGGUGAGAACUCUGGCGCAAAUCAGAAUCAAGAGGGCUCGCAUCCAGAUUUUAAUCUCGAUGAGUUCCUGAAAUCUGAUACGUUUCCUGGCGUCUCUGGAUUAUUGACAAAUGGAGUUGGGUCGAAUAGUGGUACUGGUUCGCGAUUCAGCCAAUGGUUUAAAAGAGAAAGUCCAGUUCAGCAGGUGGAUAGUCGUAGAACUUCCAUACAAGAUGAAUUGCUGAACAAUUUAUUGAAUGACAUCACCGAGCCAAAUAUUCAAAUACCAUCGGUAACGGAAUCCAACACCUAUUUCGCACCAAUUUCUCCGGCCAACACGACGAAUAAUGCUAACACAACUACAAAUGGCGUCAAGUUACUCGAAAUGUUACAUCGCGGUAAUAAACCGAAUCAAAAUGGACAGGGUGACGCGAGUAAUACUAUACCUAUGAUGAAGAAUUGUUCUAUCAAAGAUUUGGAAGUUGGUGGCAAAGUUGUCCAUAGUUUGGAAGAAUUGGAAGCACGUAUGCGAGGUGGUGCUCCUCCACCUGCGACUUCGACUGAUGCACUCCGUGUAAAUAAGACUGAAGAUCUCUCCGCUUUUAAGAAACUGCUUGCUCAAGUGACUGGAGGACAAGCUGUGCCUGCAGCUAACGGACCUAUCACCCAUAAACAACCUGUAACAUUAAUGCAAUUACUUAAUUCACAAUUGAAAACCCAACAAUCAUCGAUGCCACAUCAGCAACCGCCUGCAGAAUCAAUUCAUACUACAACAUUUAAUCACGUCGGUCCCCUUGGUCCUACUCAACAUCCCCAUCAGGUUCAGAUGCAACAUGAGAAUUUAAUGAAAGUUUUGCAAAUACAGCAGCAACAACAACAACAACAACAACAACAUCAUCAGCAGCAGCAGCAGCAGCAACAAAAGCAGCAGCAACAACAACAACGACAUUCUGAUAUGCUAUCGAUGAUGAUGGGUAAUCAGCGGAUGUUAGGUGUCAGUCCAGUGCCGGCGGAGAUGCAAAUGAUGAUAAAUAAUGUCCCAUCGAGUCAAGAGCUUUUGCAACGACCGGAAGCUCAAGCAAUUAUUCAAGGUUUACAACAAGGGGAGAUCACUAGGCAACAUCUAAUACAACAGUUGAAUAAUCCUGCAAUGCAGCAUCGUCACCGAGAAGUACUGGCGAACAUUUUAAAAAUGUAUGGUGGUACCACACCUCGUACGAUAAGUCCGCAUCCUCAUUCUGCUGCUCCUAUCCCUCAAGAGCACAUUCUACAACAAAUGCUAUAUCAGCAACAACAGCAGAGAAUUCCAUCUCCUAUGAAUAACGCUUAUUGUCCACCUCCGAUAAUAUCACCAAAUUUAACAACUAAUCCUAGUACUUUAACAGUGCAACAUCCAGCAGUGAUACCGCAUAGAGUACCAUCGCCAAGGGAGAUUGUUAUGCAUACUCAGUCUAUAAUGCAAAGUGCUUUAAUCAAGAAGAAGUUGGAGGAGCAGCGUGAGAAUUUCCGUAAGCGACAGGAUCAACAACAGCAGCAGCAACAACAGCAAGUUCAGCAGCAGCGCACAUCGAGUCCCGUUAAUUCACCAGCUAAGCAAACAGCGAGUCCGCUCGCUUUCACUCCAACCUCCGUUUUACGCAAAAUGACUGCUGAUAAGGAACCUGACGGAAGCAGCAAUGAGCCACCCAAACUGUCUACGCAAACACAGGCUUCUCAGAUGCAACAAAUGCAAUCAGCUGCAGUUCAAUUACUUGCACAGGGAGCUCUGUCUCGACAUACUGCAUUGCGAUCGCAACCCAUUCAAUCGACAUGGUCGAAUCCAUCUCUUAAACAACAUCCAGGCCGACCUAUAGUUAAAGGUAAUAAUAGCAAUACUAACAGCAAUCAGUUCCAAUAUAAUACGGGAAAUGCAGAAUUUCAACAACAACAUAGAACAGUGCCGAAUGUUUACGGCAAUCCAGCACGAUCUAAGCACACAAUGGCAACUUCGUUACCGCAUCAUAAUGCUCCACAAUAUAAUAUAGCGCAGAACUCGAUUAUGAAUCAGAGAUCAAAUCCUAUGAAUACCCAGAUGAAGACACAGCAAGUCCCAACGCAUCUCGCUAAUAUGCAACAGCCACCACCGCACGGAACUGUUAACAUGCAACAACCAUCACAGAGGACUAUAAAUACGCCUAUGCAACUUGUCAUGAGCCAAAACUACAAUUCUAAUCGCACAGAUGGACAAACUAUGCGAUCGCAGCAGUUGAACAUGGCGGUCGGUCGUCAACCUUCACCAGGCCUCGGAUUUGUGGGUAGUAACGGAGGUGAUCUUUCACCAACAUCUAAUCAACUUGCGCGAUGGUUCAGUCCAGAGCUUCUCGCACAAGCUCGGGCUGGCAAGCUUCCAGAGCUUGCACAAACGAACGUCUUGUCAUUAGAAGAGCUCGAGAGACUUCAACAUGCAUCAACUAUAGUGCAUAACUAAAGUGCAUAACACCUGAUUCAAAUUACGUUUCAGUUUUACAAGCACGAAAUUACACUGGUAACGCUACUACUGAGCGGAGAAUAGGUAUUCUUUGUAUAUUCUCCUUUAUGUUCGAAGCACUUGUGUAAUAUCUA